CUUCGCCCCCAGCCUCGGGGGCUGAUGCGGGGACGUUGCCCUGCUUACGGUCCCCGGGUCCACCCCCGUUUAGAGGGGACAUGUGGGGGCUCUCAAUGGUGGCAGAGCAUCACGUCGGUGGUCCCGCUGCCCCCCGGCCUGGCCAUGGCCCCUCAGCGGGCUGGGCGGCCCGGAGGUGCCGGCCUGCCUCUGCCCCUGCCCCCGGCGGGAGGGGGGAGGCCCCCGGACUCCUCCUCCGGCCGCUCAGGCGCCUCCAAUGAGCCCCGGGGGCACCCAGGCUGCCUGCCCUGCCCUGCCUUCCCUUCCCUUUCCCCCUCCUUCUUGCAUCUAAAAAUGGGAGAGACGAGCCAGGCUGCCGGACCGGGGCUGCCUUCCUCCCCCCCCCCUCCUCCUCCUCUCUCCCCCCGCUCUGGCUGCAGCCUCGCCCCGACGGUCGGGAAAGGGACCCCGCAGCCCGGCGGGGACAUCACUGGGCACCUCACCUUCCCCUUGCUGUCAGUCACCUUCCUGGUGUCCUUUGGCUCCUCCAUGCUCUAUGGCUACAACCUGGCCGUGGUGAACUCGCCAGCGGUGCACAUAAAGGCUUUCUACAACGCCACGUGGUCCCAGCGGUAUGGGCACGGGCUGGCCUCCGGCCCCCUGACCCUCCUCUACUCCCUGACCGUCUCCAUCUUUGCCCUGGGCGGGCUCGUGGGCUCCUUGCUGGUGGGGGUGCUGGUGGAGCGGUACGGCAGGAAUGGCACGCUGAGCCGCAGUACUCUCCUCGUCCUCCUGGCCGGUGGCUUCAUGGGCUUCAGCCGGGAGCUGGGGUCCCCUGAGAUGGUGAUCGUGGGCCGCUCCAUCAUGGGGCUCCACUCAGGUAUCUGUCUCAGCGUGGUGCCCCUCUACCUGGGAGAAAUCGCCCCCAAGAACCUGCGGGGUUUCCUGGGCCUCAUGCCCAGCAUCUUCAUCUGCCUAGGGAUUUUCUUCGCGCAGGUCCUGGGCCUCCCAGAGCUGCUGGGCGAGGACAGGUUCUGGCCCCUUUUCCUGUCGGUGGUGGUCAUUCCUGCCUCCCUCCAGCUUCUGCUGCUGCACUGCUUCCCUGAGAGCCCGCGGUACCUGCUGAUAGAGAGGAACGACGUCUGCGGGGCCACCAAGGCGCUGCGCCGGUUCCUGGGGACACCUGACGUGCAGGAUGUGAUGGAGGAGAUGAAGGAGGAGCAGCGGUUGCUCUCCUCUCUGGAGAUGGUCUCUGUCUGGCAGCUACUGCGGGACCGCUCUGUCCGCUGGCAAACCCUCUCGGUGGUGGUGGUGAAUGCUGGCAUGCAGCUCUCGGGCAUUGAUGCCAUCUGGUUUUAUACCAACACCAUCUUCGAGAACGCUGGGAUCCCUGUAUCCCAGAUCCCCUACACCACCGUGGGCACCGGCACCAUUGAAGUUGUUGCUGGGCUGAUCGGGUGCUUCACCAUCGAGAAGUUGGGCAGGCGGCCCCUCAUCAUCACCGGCUUCUGCGCCAUGGGCAUCUGCUCAGCUGGUAUCACCGUCUCCCUGCUGCUGCAGACCACCCUGCCCUGGAUGCACUACGUCAGCGUCGCCUGUGUGGUGGGCAUCAUCGCUGGCUUCUGCAUGGGACCAGCCGGCAUCCCCUUCCUGAUGACAGCCGAGCUCUUCACGCAGUCACACCGCCCAGCUGCCUACAUCGUGGGGGGGUCCCUCAACUGGCUCUGCAACUUCACCGUCGGCUUCAUCUUCCCCUUCUUGCAGAUGUCAGCCGGUGCCUUUUGCUACCUGGUUUUCUGCGGUGUCUGCCUGCUGGUGGCCCUGUACGUCUACCUUGUCGUCCCUGAGACCAAGAACAAAACCUUCAUGGAGAUCAGCCACAUCUUUGCCACUCGCCGCUCCUUCCUCUCCAUCCCGGCACACCUCAUAGGGAUGACGAAGCUCAAUGGCUACGGGGCCUUGGAGAGCAGCUCCCUGGAGGGUUCGGGCUCCAGCCUGCCCUGAUCUGGGUGGGCUUGGGGGGGACAGGGGUGGUGGAGGAGGCUCGGGCCUGGGGAGGGAAGUGGGGACCAAUUUGCUUAGACUGGAUCAGCUCUGGGUGUCCCAGGACAUCUCACCAUGCCGCAGCCUGUGCCCAGGAUGAGCCCUGAUGAUGCACCAGGGUUGCACCGACCACUGCGCAUUGCCCCCAUGCUGCAGGAGAUGCCUUCCCAGAGAUGAGGGGACCUCCUGGGGGAAGUGGGUUCACAUUGCUCCUGGCUAUGUGGACUUGCCAAGAGCUGCCCACACGAGGUGUUUAAUAAAGAGCAUUGCCUCCAGAGCCGUCAUUUGGCAAGCACAGCCUGGGAUGGCAGCAAGCUGGAGUGUGCUGGCACUGGUGCGUGCUCCCCCGGGGAGGGGAGGAGCAACAUGCGAUGGGGGGCUUGUCCUCCUCCCCACUGUGCCUGGCUGGAAAGAUCAAAGUUGCCCCAUGUUUCCUAGGAAGGGUGGUCAGGGUGGCUCCUGGGCUCUUACGUCUCACCUCAGGCUGGUCAUGCAAACCCAGAGGCUGUUGCAGAAGGGACAUGGGGCAGCUCAGAGCUGGGGGAGACUAUCCAGCCACCAUGUCUCCACAGCCUGCUGGAAGUCCCUCGCUGCCUGGCCUCAUGUGCCGGCCCUGCAGAGAGUGCUCCCGUGGGACCCCUGCACCCUCCCAAACCCUGCUGAGGACAAAGGGGUCCUGGCUGCACCCACAUCCCUUUGCAGCACCCCAUGAAUUGCUGUGACCCCGAGGUGCUCUCCAAGCAUGACCUCUCCCACGUCUCUGCCCUGAAUCCCGGGGGCUGUGUUGGGGGCUUCCCUGUUUCCUGGGACUGCCACGGGCAUGGCGCUUGCAUGACCCGGGACCCUCACAGCAGCUCCCACAAACACCAUGGGGUUGGGGUCUCCCUGGCCGGCAGAGGCUCGGGGAGCUAUGGUUUGCAGGGAAACUACAAUAUUUUGCUCUGGUAAGAGGUAAAAGCCAGGCAGUGGGGAGGGCUGCGUAACAAAAACCCUCUAGUGUCAAUGCGAGAUUCAUUUUGUUGCAAAUAAUUUAGCCUUCUUUUUUCCCAUUGCCCACUCUGUGACAGGCCCACAGCUUGCAUGUUUGGUGCUCGCGGUCAGUUGAUGAGGAGCUCACCCUUUCUGCAUCACUUGGCAAAGCCUUGGAGUGCUUCCGGGGGUGGGUGGGUGCUGGGCCCUUGGAGACAAGGACUGGGCCAUACUGGGUCCCCAGUGCCUGGUCCCAGCCCCUCCAUCCUCAGCAGCCGGCCUGGGGCUCCCCUGCAUCUUGAGCCUUUUAAAGGACAUCAGUCAAAGCAGGGGUCACAGCUCCACAGCAUCAGCUACUUCCCACUCCGUCUCCCUCCCGACUCGGCUGCUCUCGGCAGCAGAACAGAGCGGUAAAUAUGUGCAGCAUUACAUAUGUAUAAUGGAGUGUAAAUAACCCCAAAAAGUGCAUUGUAAAUAGACUCCAAGUUUAUCCUUUAUUAAUGAGGCACUGAGUGCCCUGCUGUUUUAGAGCAGCGAGACUUUCAUAAUAUCAAAACCUAAAUUACACUUGUGUCUCUCAUUCCCAGCAAACGACAGCAUCAUUUCAGGCCUCUUUGCCACUUGUAUUUAUUUAUUCUGGUAUUUAUUUAUCUCCACCCAGCAUGCAGGGUGGCUUGGAAGAUGCCCCCCGCCCUUCAUGUGGAAGGCAAUAGCCCCCCCGGGAGCAGCCCCCCAUCCUGGGGUCCUGGUGAGGCCAAGGAGCCAGGGUGUUGCCUUAAGGCCAAGGACUGCUCUGUGCUGGCUGGUGAGAUGGAGCAGAGCUGGGAAACAUGGGGUCAGGACCUUUUCUGCCAGCACUUCAGACAUCACCAGAGCCAGAAGUCCCCUCUUUCCAAGGACUGGAGGUCACUAGCAAAAUCCUAUGGUGUCUUUUGGGUGCAUUUGCUCCUGGGGACCCUUUUGAGGGUACCGUGCCAAGGAACAUGUCCAGCCUCCUUCCAUCGGGACCUGGAAGGGUGGGAGUGAGGAAACCGCAUGCUCAUGGGACACUAGCUUCUCAUCAGCUUCUUCUUUAGGAUAUUGGGGCAGGAUCUCUGUUUGGGGCUGUCAGUCCAAGCUGCCGCCUGCCGCUGAUCUAGUACUCUUGCAAAAGCAGGAUUUGGGCUUCCCCUCUGCUUGCCCUGCCCAGGGAGGCAUUCCCAGCCAUUCCGCUGCAGGCUUCUUGUGGAGGAUAUGGCUGGGUGAACUCCAAGCUGCUUCCCCAUGUCCAAAGCUUCUUCCCCAUGUCCAAAGCAUCUCUCUGGAUUCAGGCCUCCAAAUGCACUGGUUCUGCUUGGUGAGGGUAAGGCUGUAUCCUCUAGCAGUGUCCAAACAGACCUUGAAAGACUGGAGAAGAUGCAAAGAAGAGUCCGAGAAAUUACUUUGAUGCCUGGAAAUGCUCCUGAUCCUCUUAAGGUUUGCAGAAAUGAGGAUGACUCUGACUUUCUCCAAAUGCCUUCUCAUGAUGUAUCCAGUGCUAAAGGGUGGAUGAGUCUCAGCAUUGAGGUAUACAGGUGGGGGGCUUGAGCUUACCCCAGCCAAACUGGAAUGGGAAAGAAGGCCCCAGUUUGAACUCUCUAGAUACUUUGAAAUGGGCUCCUCAAGGAGGUGAUCAUGGCCCAUCACUGGAUAUCUCCAUGUCCUACAGGGAAACUCUCCUUUAUGGUGCUUGGCUCAAGAUAAGUGGUCACAUCCUGACUGGGAAGCUGAUGAAAUCCUGCCGGACACACCCUGGUGUCCCUGUGCCAGCACUGGUGGCUGGUGAGGCAGCAAGUGUCCCCAGGCCAUGGCCGGACAAGCCAAGGAGCAUUCACAGCCUGCUAGUGCUCAUGGUCCCUAUGGCUCCAGCAGGGAUGGGCUCCUGCGGGAUGGAUCCUGUUAAUGACGGGGGGGACCCACUAAGCCUCUGAGGCUGAAACCUUCUUGCACUGGUUUCACCAGGUGUCCUAACAGCAAACUGUCCCUGUCCCCUCAAUGGAGGUGCCUUUGCUCCCCCCAAAUCUCACCUGACUGCAGAGGCUCCAUCAGGGACCGGUUUUGAGUGGGGUGCGGUUCCUGCAUGCUCUGAGCAGGGGGAACACCCUGCUCCUGCCUCCUUCUGUGUGGAGAAAGGGGAGCUGCAGCAGCACCCUGCUGCUGCACGGAGAUGGGUGCAGGAUUGGUCCCUGUCUCGUCUUACCAAUGGAGGAGAGGCUCUGGAGCCAAGCAGUCCCAUAAGGCAGCUUGCCGUUUGAUGAUACCCAAAAUUGCACCGCAGAGUCGCCCCCCAGCCCUGAGGACCCCAAAGCAACUCACAGUGCCAUGGUGGAGGGCUGAGCCCCUGGCACAACCCCUCCGGGGUCAGGCUGGCACUGUUGUUCCCUUCAGCCCAGGUGGGUUCGUGCACGCUUUCCUCGUCCGUGCUUCCAGCUUCCCUGUGUCUGCAGCCUGGGCCCGGGAUGCGUUUGAGUGUUUGGGGGGUGAUUUACCCCCAGCCACAGGCCCCAGCUGCUCGGGGCUGUUCAAAGCAGGGCAAAGCUGGCAGAGGAGCCAGCGUGGUGUGGGGCUCCAUCAUCGGCCCUCUCCAGUUUCUCCUCGGGAGUGGGAGGACCUGGCUGUGGGGCUGCCCAGCAGCAAGGACGUGGUGCAUCUGGCACAGCACGUCAUGGGGAGCAGCCUAGGCUGACGAGCAGCCGAGCCCCCACCAAAACUUGACAUCAGAGCUCAUGGGGGGGGGGGUCUGAGACUGCAGGAUGGGACCCCCUCCAUCUCCCAGUCCCAGUUUUGUGUGCAAACAUGCCUCAGUAAAAGCAUGGAGGGGGCAAAAGCAGGGGGAUUUCUUCCCGUUGGAUAGAGGGUUUGUCCUGCACCAGCCCCUCUGCUGUCCUCAGUGGCCCAGUACAGGGAUUAAAGAGGCCCUGGCUGAAAUCUGGGGUUGGCAAAUCUUCAGGCGGUGGGCUGGAGCUGCCCCCAGGCACCAUGCGGGUGGUUCAGGAGGUGAGAAUAAAAGGGGAGAGGCAAAGGCGGCAAAGGAGUAGGACACAGCAAAUGAUGGAGCAAGGAGCUGGGACCAGCCCCUCUCCACCACUGGUCCAGCCAGCCCUGGACCUAUGGGCACUGCUCAUGCUAAUAACUACCAGGUGUACCCCUUCCAGGCUUCACAGUCCCACGCACAUCCUUGCACUAUGGUAAACCUGGCUCGCUCCUGGCUGAAAGUCAUCCCGCAGCAGGAUCUCCCUGGGCUGAGCCCGCAGCUCUCAUCUCCUUCAAGUGCAGAGCCAGCUCCAGCUGAGCCUGCAGUUCACAUGGACUCUGGUCAAGCGCCUUUUUGCAGGGAAAAAAAAAAACCCCAAACUAAAAUGGGUGAUUUUCUUACUGUGUUCUGGGUAACGGGAACUCAGCUGGAACCCAGCACUUCAGAGGGAUGGAGAGCAGUGAUUUGUUUCUUUUAAAUCCUAAAAUAUUUCCUUGGCAUCAACCAGACUCCCUCAAUCUCUUAAAAAAAAAAAAAGAUGAUGAACAAUUUAAGGGUAUAUUUGCGGGGGGAAAAAAGUGUUUGUUACUCUGUAGAAAGAAUACUAAUUCUGUAUGAAUUCCAGCAGGUCCAUGGCUGAUGCUCUACAGGAGCAGGUCUCUGCAGUGGGUGCAGGGUGCCGGGGCUGGUCCGGGUGUGGGUGCCCGGCAUCAGGGUGGCCGAGCCGAGGGUGCCCGGCGGAGGUUGCGCACCGGCAGAUGGCACUCCCAGAAUUUAUUGCUACAGCAAGCUGCCUCUUGGAGAGCAGUCAUGUAGGAGAUGUCCUAUUAUAUGGGCAGUUGACUUUAAUAGUCAUUGUGUGCUUAAAGCACAGCAAAACAACAGUGGGAAAAAAAAAAAAAAAUCCCCACUCCACUUGGAUGGCCCUUUUCCCCCCAGCCCUGCUAGUCUAUUUGUACAGUAAAUUAAAAAUAUGAAUCACUUCUCUCUACUGCCUCCCCAAACACUCAUCCUGUCAGGCUCUGUGUUGUCUUCAUUUGUAUUACCUUAAUUUAAUGUUAAUUAUGUUCUUCAUUUACAAAGAACAAGCAUUUACACUCCCUGUCUGGGGAUUUUCCACGCUCGUGGUCUCCACAGACUGGGAGGCGAAGGGGAGCAGCGGAGGCAGCGGCGCUGGGGAGGGGGCUGUUAGCACGGCCAUAGGAAUGGGGAGAGCGGGGAUGCCACCCCCUGAAUGAACCGGUAAUGAUGAGCGCUAUUGCCUUUCGAUUUAUGAAACCG